UUCUGUAUUCCGACGGAUUUCUAUUUCGUUCGAAAGUGAUAUUUCGAUCGUUUUCGAAUUUACCAUUCCCUAUUCCAAUCGUUUUGCUCGUUUCGAACGAAAGUGUUAGAAAAUUUCGAAUAUGCAUCGAUCUGUCAAAAACCGAUAAACAAAAAGAAACACCGUAUUAAAUAGCGGCGAGUGCGAGUUGAAUUUCAGUUAAUUUUUGAUCCUAAGAGAAAUUUGUGAGAAAAUUUUCUCGUUCAAUGGAUUCCGUUUUGUUACCGAUUUUGGCGGAGCAAGAAGAAAUUGGAAUGCCUUGCUACCAUCGGCGAAACCACCGAAAAUCAACCGACUUCAUGAAACUUUCUGAUGAAGCAUUCAUCAAAAGUUUUCGUCUAAGUAAGGAAGCUUUUCGGUACGUUUUAGAGGAAAUUGAGAACUGCCUUACCACAAGGAAAGGUGGUCUAUCCACGGAGGUGAAACUCGCAGCAUGUUUGCGAUUCUUUGCUGAAGGAAAUUAUCAACAUGGAGCAGGGCAAGAUUAUCACAUUGCCAUAGCACAGCCCACAUUUUCCAAGGUGCUGACUGAAAUGCUUAACAUUCUGGAGCGGACACUGUGUAAGAAAUGGAUUUCCCUAAAUAUGACGGAAGACGAACAGCGGCGUGCUAAACUACACUUCUAUCAGAAAACAUCAAUUCCGGGUGUUAUUAUGUGUUUGGAUGGAACCCACGUAAAAAUUAUUCCACCUAAGCUGAAUCGAAAUUUGUUUUUUAAUCGGAAGGGAUUUUAUAGUCUCAACGUUCUGAUUGUUUGUGACGAUCAGCAAAGGAUUCGUUUCGUUGAUCCUACCUUCCAGGGAUCUAAUCAUGACUCUCAUAUAUGGCGUGUAAGCCCUGCAAGAACUCACUUUGAGCAGCUUCACCAAAAUGGUGAAGUUAAUACUAAGAUUCUAGGUGAUGCUGGUUAUCCAUCGGAACCUUGGUUAGUAACGCCAUUCAGAGCAGCGGAGGAAGGGAGUUUGGAGAGCGAUUUUAAUCGCAGGCAUGCCUUGGGUCGUGCUAUCGUCGAGCGGACAAUCGGUUUACUAAAAAAUCGGUUUAGAUGCAUCCUUGGCGCGAGACAACUUCACUACAAUCCUACUAAAUGCGCUCAAAUUAUAAAUGUAUGCUGUGCACUUCACAAUAUAUGCUUAGAAUUUGGUCGUUCUCAGUAGUUAUAAUAUGUUAUGCAGCUGUUUACAUAAUAAACUUUUGUUUAAAUUAAUAUUUAUGACUGUUAAAUUUCAUCUAACUUGUUUGCAAAUGCUCAAAUAAAUAACAACCACCGGAAAAGGAAGUGUCUUCCUUACUUAACUAUGGUUUCGGCAGAAUUAUUUACUCUUAUUCCUGCCAACACUUUGAGAACAUGUCAUUAUCGAUUUCUCGUAAGCAGGCCAAGUAUUCAAAUAACCAUUAUUAAUACUUUUUGCGUUGUUUUAACCCCUUGCUGUACGAUUUAAUUUCCAACAGCACGGCCCAAAACGAGCACUUCGAGUCGUUCCGCUACUCUGCUGAGUGUGGGUAUCUAACAUGGGUGCCCUAUGAUGAGCAAAUACAUGUUGUGUUUAAAAUAAAAACGAAGGAGUUAUUACUACGUACUAACUCGUUCGUUUUUAUUUUAAUUAUAAUAUUCAAAUUAUAUUUUAUAUUUUUAGCUCAUUCAAUUUUUUUUUAAAUAACGGAAAUUUUAUAAUCUUCAGUUGUCGGUAUCCUCAUCAUAUGCCUGAAGCUAUGUAAUUAUUUCACAUCGAGAAACAACGAGUGAAGUUCAAUGUUGUACGUGAAGGGGUUAAGGAAGUUCCAUAAACUAUAGGCGAAAUUCGUGAAUUUUAAAAAAGUUUAUAUAAUUUUGAUGCUAUUCCAAACAAACUUCAAAGAAAAAAUUAAGUAAGAUUUUUCUUCCAUGGAAAGAUAUAAAAAUACGAUUAGAACUUUUUUUCAUUUUUUUAUACUUGAGUUACAAUAUAAAGAUAAAAAAUCAGAUCACUGAUAUUUUGAAACAUUAUUCUAAUGUUCUGAAAUAUACGCAAUCUGCGUUUCAAGGAUUUGUCGCUAUUGAUUUCUCCAGCGCGAUCUUCUCCAUCUCGUGGUUAUGUCGUUUUUGUUCACUCAGAUGUUCUUUGAGUGUGGCAUCCACGGAAAGAAUCGCUCGAGCUGAUUGGCGCUGAUAAUGAACCAGAUCACUCAAAUUCUUGUUUGUGUUUUUUAACAGGGAUUUCACAUUGGUGUGAAAUUUGUUUUGUUGCUCGACUUGCAGCUCUAAUAGCCUCGUGGUAGAAGGUCUGGAUUUUUUCGGCUGAGAGGGCUGGAAGUGAAUGGUAUUAUUGAUACCGUCACACUCGUCGGAAGUACCAUAAUAUAUAAAAUUUUCCUGGUCUGCAGCUUGAGGUUCACCCGAAGGCGAACCCAACUGUGUUCCAUGAGAUGAGGUACCCGGGAUUCCUUCCACGGUCGCAAGUAACCCAGUUAGUAGAACUGCCUGCUCCUCCAGCUCGGACAAAUUGAUAAUUUUAUUGGGUCCUCCACCUGUCGCCCUCUGCUCCCGUUUGUUGUGAGCGAGUUUUCGCUUUAAUCCGGACUUAUAGUCCGCCCAAACCUACACAGAAAACCAGGGCAAAAAUAAGACUAUAAACAUAUGUUUCGGAUUCGUUUUAGUAUAUACCUUUUUCCAUCCACUUCCAUCGCGAAUAGGCGGUCCCAAACUAUUGACU